CGACGCGGAGCAGCAGCCGGGGCCGCCGGGCGAGGAGGGCCCGGGCCCGGGCGCCGAGGAGCAGCCGCUGAGCACGAGCCCCUGGAACAUCAUGAUCAAGCACCGGCAGGUGCAGCGGCGCGGCCGCCGCUCGCAGAUGAGCACGAGCUUCACAGACCCCGCGGUGUCCAUGGAGCUGCUGCGGGCCGUGCUGCAGCCCAGCAUCAACGAGGAGAUCCGCGCCGUGUUCAACAAGUACAUGAAGUUCUUCCAGAAAGCGGCCGUCAACGUGCGCGACAACGUCGGCSAGGAGGUGGACCCGGAGCAGCUCAUCCAGGAGACGUGCCGGAGCUGCCUGGAGCAGGCCAAGCUGCUGUUCUCUGAUGGCAAGAAGGUCGUCCCCAGGCUGCCCCACGAGCAGGCCCUGCCAAAGCGUGCCCGGCAGGCGGACGAGGAGCUGCAUCGGCGAGGAAGCCCCGUUCCCAAAAAGAGAAAGGGGAGGCCUCCAGGACACAGCCUGGCAAAUGAUCGUGGGCUCUCGGGCAUGGCUGCGUGGAAGCUCAAAGUCUCUGAGCCUGUGAGAAGGGAAGGACCAAAGUGGGAUCCAUCCCGACUGACUGAAACCACAACCUUUGUGCUGGGAUCUCGAGCAAACAAGGCUCUCGGGAUGGGCGGAACAAGAGGGCGACUCUACAUCAAGCAUCCCCACCUCUUUAAGUACGCAGCUGACCCGCAAGACAAGCACUGGCUGGCAGAGCAGCAGCACAUGAGGGCCACAGGGGGCAAGAUGGCGUACCUGCUGCUCGAGGAGGACAUCCGGGACCUGGCGGCCAGCGAGGACUACAGGGACAACGUGGACCUGAGGCUGGAGGAGCUGAAGCCCUUCGUGCCGCCCGCGUGGAUGACCGAGAAGAUGCAGAAGUACAUGGAGACGCUCCGCAACGGCGGGGAGCCGCCGCCACCGCUCCCGGAGGGCCCCCCCGAGCCCUGA